UGAAUUUGGUUUCGCAGGAAGCCUGAUGAGUGCAAAUGGCAGUCUCUCCGGCACUGCGGGCGAGGAGGACCGAGGCCCAGUGUUUCUGCACGAGCCUCCAUCCCGACUCCACUUCUCCAACACAACUGGAGCCCUUUUACCUUGCUCUGCUCACGGCAAUCCACCACCACAAGUGGAAUGGCUGAACGGAGGAGAUGUAGUAACGGAGGUCUCUGAUGUGUGCAUCGUCCACAAAAACGGAUCACUACAGUUUUUGCCUUUCCCGCCCUACGCAUACACAGCUGGCGUUCACGCCGCCACCUACUCCUGUCGAGCUUCCUCGUCUGCUGGCACCAUCAUAUCUCGUCCAGUUCACGUCAGGGCUGCUAGAAACCCCUACCUUUCUACUGUGAAGGACACAGGAACAACUGCUGUCUAA